GCAGCGCGGCGCUGCAGCGCAGGGGCGGAGGGGCAGAGCGCUGAGAGCUCCCGACGCACCGGACUCCCGCAUCCCGGAGCCGCAGGAGUCGGGAGCGCGCCCCAGCCCUGCUCCCUAGCCUUCGCCCGGGCGCCCCCGACAGUCUUCUCGGUAUCAGAGACAAGCACCUGCCCUCCGCCUCGGCUUCAGCUGAGCGACCCUCCUCCGGAGAACCGAACAUCCCUGCAGCCCGAGAAGCAACCACCAUGGCGGAGCCCAACAACGAAUGCAGCAUCAAGGUGCUCUGCCGAUUUCGGCCUCUGAACCAGGCCGAGAUUCUGCGGGGGGAUAAGUUCAUCCCCAUUUUCCAAGGGGACGACAGCGUCGUUAUUGGGGGGAAGCCAUAUGUCUUUGACCGUGUAUUCCCUCCAAACACGACUCAGGAGCAAGUUUAUCAUGCAUGUGCCAUGCAGAUUGUCAAAGAUGUCCUUGCUGGCUACAAUGGCACCAUUUUUGCUUAUGGUCAGACAUCCUCAGGGAAGACACAUACCAUGGAGGGAAAGCUGCAUGACCCCCAGCUGAUGGGAAUCAUUCCUCGAAUUGCCCGAGACAUCUUCAACCACAUCUACUCCAUGGAUGAGAACCUCGAGUUCCACAUCAAGGUUUCUUACUUUGAGAUUUACCUGGACAAAAUUCGUGACCUUCUGGAUGUGACCAAGACCAAUCUGUCUGUGCAUGAGGACAAGAACCGGGUGCCAUUUGUCAAGGGCUGUACUGAGCGCUUUGUGUCCAGCCCGGAGGAGAUUUUAGAUGUGAUUGAUGAGGGGAAAUCGAAUCGUCAUGUGGCUGUCACCAACAUGAAUGAACACAGCUCCCGAAGCCAUAGCAUCUUCCUCAUCAACAUUAAGCAGGAGAAUAUGGAGACAGAGCAGAAGCUUAGCGGGAAGCUGUAUCUAGUGGACCUGGCAGGGAGCGAGAAGGUCAGCAAGACUGGAGCGGAGGGAGCUGUGCUGGACGAGGCAAAGAACAUCAACAAAUCCCUGUCAGCCCUGGGGAACGUGAUCUCUGCGCUGGCUGAGGGCACUAAAAGCUAUGUUCCAUAUCGUGACAGCAAAAUGACACGGAUUCUCCAGGACUCUCUGGGAGGAAACUGCCGGACAACUAUGUUCAUCUGCUGUUCGCCUUCCAGCUACAAUGAUGCAGAGACCAAGUCCACCCUGAUGUUCGGACAGCGGGCAAAGACCAUUAAGAACACUGCCUCAGUGAAUCUAGAGUUGACUGCUGAGCAGUGGAAGAAGAAAUACGAGAAGGAGAAGGAGAAGACAAAGACUCAGAAGGAGACCAUUGCAAAGCUGGAGGCAGAGCUGAGCCGGUGGCGUGGCGGGGAGAAUGUACCUGAGACUGAGCGCCUGGUUGGGGAGGAUGCAGCCCUGGGAGCUGAGCUCUGUGAGGAGACGCCUGUGAAUGACAAUUCAUCCAUCGUGGUGCGCAUCGCACCAGAGGAGCGGCAGAAAUACGAGGAGGAGAUCCGCCGCCUCUACAAGCAGCUCGAUGACAAGGAUGAUGAGAUCAACCAGCAGAGUCAGCUUAUAGAGAAGCUCAAGCAUCAGAUGCUGGACCAAGAAGAGCUGCUGGUAUCCACUCGAGGAGACAAUGAGAAGGUCCAGCGGGAGCUGAGCCACCUGCAGUCAGAGAAUGAUGCUGCUAAAGAUGAGGUGAAGGAAGUGCUGCAGGCCCUGGAGGAGCUAGCUGUGAACUAUGACCAGAAGUCCCAGGAAGUGGAGGAAAAGAGCCAGCAGAACCAGCUUCUGGUGGAUGAGCUAUCUCAGAAGGUGGCCACCAUGCUGUCUCUGGAGUCUGAGCUGCAGCGGCUACAGGAGGUCAGUGGACACCAGCGAAAACGAAUUGCUGAGGUGCUGAAUGGACUGAUGAAGGACCUGAGUGAGUUCAGUGUCAUCGUGGGCAACGGGGAGAUUAAGCUGCCAGUGGAAAUCAGCGGCGCCAUCGAGGAGGAGUUCACUGUGGCCCGACUCUACAUCAGCAAAAUCAAAUCAGAAGUCAAGUCUGUGGUCAAGCGGUGCCGGCAACUGGAGAACCUCCAGGUUGAAUGUCAUCGCAAGAUGGAAGUGACUGGGCGCGAGCUCUCAUCCUGCCAGCUCCUUAUCUCCCAGCAUGAGGCCAAGAUCCGCUCACUGACGGAGUACAUGCAGGGUGUGGAGCUAAAGAAGCGGCACCUGGAAGAGUGCUACGACUCCCUGAGUGAGGAGCUGGCCAGGCUCCAGGCCCAGGAAACUGUGAAUGAAGUGGCCCUGAAGGACAAGGAGCCAGACACACAGGAUGCCGAUGAAGUGAAGAAGGCCCUGGAGCUGCAGAUGGAGAGUCACCGUGAGGCCCACCACCGGCAGCUGGCCCGGCUCCGGGACGAGAUCAAUGAGAAGCAAAAGACCAUUGAUGAACUCAAAGACCUGAACCAGAAGCUCCAGUUAGAGCUAGAGAAGCUUCAGGCUGACCAUGAGAAGCUGAAGAAUGAGGAACACGAGAAGAGCAUCAAACUGCAGGAGCUGACAUUUCUGUACGAGCGACAUGAACAGUCCAAGCAGGACCUCAAGGGCCUGGAGGAAACAGUUGCCCGGGAACUCCAGACCCUGCACAACCUUCGCAAACUGUUCGUUCAAGACGUCACGACUCGAGUCAAGAAACAGAGUGCAGAAAUGGAGCCCGAGGACAGUGGGGGGAUUCACUCCCAAAAGCAGAAGAUUUCCUUUCUUGAGAACAACCUGGAACAGCUUACAAAGGUUCACAAACAGCUGGUACGUGACAAUGCAGAUCUGCGUUGUGAGCUUCCUAAAUUGGAAAAACGACUUAGGGCUACGGCUGAGAGAGUUAAGGCCCUGGAGGGUGCACUGAAGGAGGCCAAGGAGGGUGCCAUGAAGGACAAGCGCCGGUACCAGCAGGAGGUGGACCGCAUCAAGGAGGCUGUGCGGUACAAGAGCUCGGGCAAGCGGGGCCAUUCUGCCCAGAUCGCCAAACCUGUCCGGCCUGGCCACUACCCAGCGUCCUCACCCACCAACCCCUACGGCACCCGGAGUCCUGAGUGCAUCAGUUACACCAACAGCCUCUUCCAGAACUACCAGAAUUUGUACCUGCAGGCUGCACCAAGCUCUACCCCAGAUAUGUAUUUUGCAAACUCCUGUACCAGCAGUGGGGCCACAUCUUCUGGCGGCCCCUUGGCUUCCUAUCAGAAGGCCAACAUGGACAAUGGAAAUGCCACAGAUAUCAAUGACAAUAGGAGUGACCUGCCGUGUGGCUAUGAGGCUGAGGACCAGGCCAAGCUUUUCCCUCUCCACCAAGAGACGGCUGCCAGCUAAUCUCCCGUGCAGAGGACUGCUGUGCACCUGCACUUUCAGUUUCUAAGAGGGACUGAGGCCUCUUCUCUCAGCAUGCUGCAAACCUGUGGUCUCUGAUACUAACUCCCCCUGACCCUUGUUGAACGUACUGUUUGAUGUCUUCUUGUCCUCUGUAUUUCAUUGUAUUCUGAACCUAUAUAUCAGAAGCUGCUGCUAUGUCUCUCUCUUCUCUCUGUCUUAUUCUCUAAAUAUCUGAAGAUGUAUUUAGCAAUUUCUAAGCAUAGUAUUCCCUCCUCAUUUGGGGAAAUAGGAGGAGGGUGAGUGUUUCUUCUUUCUCUCAUACACGUGUCUUCACACUGAGUGGUGUUAGUCACGGAGAUGAUAAAAGGGAAAACAGGAGCAAGAGGGCUGUGAUCCUUCUCAUUCACACACUCAUACACACAUGCACACACACACAGAGCCUUAAGCAGAAGCAUGUCUUAGCAUCAUAAGAAGAUACAGAAAUAGACUGUUCCUCCUUCUUCUUUCCCACACAACACAGAGUUGGGUAAACUGGGAGGACUGCUAAAUUAUACUAGAAUUUUCUUUAUAUACCCCUCACCCAAACUGGGGGAUUCCAGGUGUGACCCUCUGCCCUCCAUAGUCUGCCUUUUGCCUCUCUCUUCCUGUUCCCCCUGGAUGACUGCGAACCUGGAUUGCUCAAGGAACCAUUUCUUUUCCUCAUCAAUAUGCCUUUUGAUAUUCUGUACCCCCGAGCUCAUGACCAGAACCUAGAGCUACUUUAGAAUAUUUGAAAUAUUUGGAAAAAUUGAGGAGGCAGAUCCUUCCAACAGUCUGUCAAAUGGUUGCUCGUCUGUCCAUGGUGAUAGUUACUAGGCAAAUGUGGUCAAAUGAAAGCUUCUUUAGGUGUGGGGUGAACAAGCUGAGAAAUUCCUAAGUUUUUCUGACACAGUGAUGAGCUGGAUCCCUUUCUCUGUCCUAUAUUGGGUUGCGUGUUCUUCUCAUUUCCACCUUUCGGUUUGGGGCUUCCAGUUCAUUAGCAAAAUAUCUAUCUCAAGAUAUACCUCCUUUCAAGCUAAAGCCUGGCUUUUCCCAAAUAUACAUUAAAAAAUUUUUUUGAACUCCUUCCAUAAUGUCCCUAUCUGGCAUUAAAUGCACUUUAAAGACAGGGCAGUGAAGAUUUUCCAGAAGUGAAGGAACCCACAGGCUUCCCCAGGGGGGCUCCUCUCCCAGCACCCCUCACCCCAUGUAAUUGAUGGGACUAUUGUUUUGGUUUUAGACAUCCCUUCCUUCCAAAUGGUGCUAAGGUGGUUUUCCAGGUAACUGCAGGGAUGGAGAGUGGAGGUCACAAGCCAGCAAAGUCAAGAAGGAAAGACUGGGCCAGAUACCCAGUCUUAUCCAAGAUGGAAGAACAGGAUCCCUCAGCAGCAGGGUAACCAUCACCUAGCUUCCAAGUCCGGAAGGAAAGCUCAUUGUGUCAGCUGGUAAACACAGGCUGUACUGGCCCAUGACUCCUUCAAGAGAAAAAGUCCCUUCUCCCUUUACCUGUUGGGCCCCUUUUAGCAAUUAAAGAGAAAUACAGGGAAAAACAUACCUGAAGGGGUGUGUGCGCUGAUAUUCCAAGGCGGUGAUAGUCAAAUAUUUUUCAAAAUAAAUCUUACACAGAACCCUGAUAUAUAUAAAAAAUCACUUAAAGUGACCUGGGCGGUUUGCAUUUUCUUUAUUUGGUGGAAAAUGCUCCAUUAUUUGAGGAGCCUUUGAACAGUCCUAAGAGUUCAGAACCUGUGGGUUCCAGAGAGCAGUUUGAAAACCACUGCCCCAAGGAAAGGCAUUCAAUCCCUUUGCCCCUGCCCCAAGCCCACUACUCCUAGUGAAAUGGGAAAUGGUGGGUAGCCUAACCAGACCAUCUUCAGACCCAGUCAGAGAGGAAGACAGAUACCUGUUCUGCUGUAGACUUGUGCUAAUAUUUGCCAGCAGGGCACCUAAGAAUGCAGUGGGCUUUAUGUAAUCUUGCCACCAAAUGAUUCUUUUAAAACACAUAAGAAAAUGUGAAGGUGUAGGGCAGAUGAGGAGAGAGGUGACAGAAGGAACAGCUUUCUCUUCAGCAAGAUGUAAGGGAAAUAUAAUUCACUUACAUAAAUAAGAACACACACACAGAGCCGUUACCAGAUGCUUCACUCCUCUUCCCCCAUCCCCACCCCUCACCAAGGCCCUUUCAGAGCCAGGGGCACCUGGCCUGCCCACUCACAUCUGCCAAAAUGUUGCAUGCCAGCGUGGAAGACAAACCAAACUGCACAAACCCCAGUGUGUAUUUAUUUGGUGUAUAUAAAUACCUUUAAAAUAAAAUAAAUUAAAUGAUGA